AUGAAGGAUGAACAUAAUAUUAAAUUCACUGCUCAAGAUUUAUAUGACAAGAAAGCAGACAAAACAGAGCUUCAAACAUUAAAGACAGAAAUGCUUCAAACAUUAUAUCCUAUAGGCUCUAUUUAUACGUCAAUGAACUCUACCAGACCAGAAGUAGUACUUGGUUUUGGAACUUGGACUCAAAUAGUCGACAGGUUUUUGUAUUGUGCAAACUCUUCAAAGGAAACAGGUGGAAGUAAAACGAUUUCAGGUGAAAAUUUACCUGCACAUAGUCACUACAUAGAUUUAAGUACAUCUCAAGCAGGUUGGCAUAAGCAUAGAUAUUGGGAUUGGUCAGCAAUGACAAAAGGUAAAGGAUAUGAUGUUAAAGACAACGUUAAGUUUGCUAUAGAUUGUUACUGGAGUAACACUGAGGGAGGAGGAAACCAUACACAUCGCGUUUCGGGAUAUACGCAAACAACGGGACAAAGUAAAGACUACAUGCCACCUUACAUGACAGUUUACGCAUGGUAUAGAAAUGCUUAG